AUGAUGAACGAGCUUUUUUUGGGCAAUGAGUCGAACGAUAUGAAGAUACAAAAACUAAAGAAGUAUGUCGAAAGUGAGGCAUUCCUUGAUGCGUGUUUCUUUCCACACAACUUUCUUGAGGGGUUGGCAGUGUUUGCGAUUGGGGUGCUUAGAAACACAGAACCUGAAAAGAAAGCGCCGUUUACAUCAGGUGGAAAUGAGGCACGAUACACAGUGCUCCGGAUAUUGAGUAAGUUUGUGCUUGGAAAGACGCAUGGAGCAGAGCUGGUGCAACUACUUCACGUGACAUUAAAGAGUGACAAUUUGCCAAAUAUGAUUCUUGCAAUGAAGCUUCUGAGUUCACUCAGCAGGUCGGGAGUGAUAUCUGGAGAGCUAGGAGAUAUACAUGCCGGAGUUGUAUUUGGAGUGAUGCACGAUUUGUUUGGCAACAUUGAUACGGGAGACGAGGGGUUGAUUGAGAUGUCUCUUUUUGCAAUUGGCGAGAUGUUUGAUCAUUCAUAUGUGUUUUUUAUGGGGGUGGGACGUUGUGAAGUUAAGCUUGAACAGUUUCUUGCCAGGGCGUAUCGACAUGUAAGGAUUGCGAUUGACAACCGGCAAUUCAUGGACCUUGCGGCACACAGAAGGGUUUUCUGUGUUGAGAUGUGUUCUAUGAUAUGUGGAUUACUGAAGCUUACGUGUGAGAAUGCCUCGGUGCUGAUGAGAAUGGGAACGUAUCAGAUGCUUGUGAUGGAUAUUGCACUGGUAGGAAUGGCGUAUUGCCCACCUGAGUGUUUGGAGAUGCGAAGGGAAAUAUGUUACUGCUUUGGAAAGGUAUGUGCAGGGAGUAAAGAUGCAUUUUUGUUUGCAAUAGAGAAGGUCGAUAUGUUCUCUUUUCUGUUUUCUCCGGACAUGCUUGGUUCUGGGAUGAGCGGACUCAGGGUAUUUUUUGAGUUAUUUGGGUUGUUUCGGGACGUACUUAGUAAGUCUAUGAGCCUAGAUUUUGUAGUGCACAUAUCUGAGGUUGUAGUAACUGUUUGCUGCUCGGUUGAGAAGAUAUGUAAUGAGAUUGAGGAUGGGCAAUUGAGCGAGGGCAUUGAAGGCAAUGAAUGGAAGCUCCGAGUGCACAUUGAGCUUAUGAAGAUGUGCUUGAGAGAGAUGGACACAGCACUGAAGCACUUUGUAGCAAGGUCUGUGGAUGCUGAGGAUAUGAGUCCGAUUUAUGCCAGGAGUUUUUAUGAUUUAGACACGAUAUUUACAAGUGUUUGCAGAAUUGUAGGAGUGAUAAGCAAGGAAUGUAAAGAAGCGAAUGAGAAUAAAGAAAAUGAAAUAAAACAAGGAAAUACAGAUGGGGCAGAUCGUUCGUGUGCAAGAAUACAUAGCCAAGGUGUGUACAAAGAGAACAAAGAGUCAUUGAAGGAGAUGAUGUUUUUGUUUGUGUGCUGUUUUAAGGAGGUGAUGGGGAGGAUCAGAAUGGCUGAUAAGAUCGGAAGUAUUGAUAGGUUUUCGACCACUGAGAUUCAUGUACUGCGCAAGAUGUUUGAAAGGUCGUUUGAUGUGUUUUUGUGUGAGGUUGGUUGGAGUGAGUAUGUUGUAGGGGAGUUUUACUCAGUGUUGAGCAUGUUGUGGGAGAAUGUAGCAAUGGAUAUUUCCGAAUGUUUUUGCGAGAGAAGCUUUGAACUGUGGAUCAGAAGUGAGAGGUUUAUUGGAGUUUGGAAGGCAGUGUGUAAGAAUGCAGUUUUGGGCAAUCCUGUUGUGUCUUAUGGGCUGCGAUGGAUUCUUACCGAGAUUGGGAAAGGAAGGGUUGAAGAAGUCAAGUGGACAGUAAGGCACUUGGUGCUAUUUUUUAGCAACAAUUCAAAGAAGAUAAAACGUACGAAUGUGUUUCUAAUGCACAGGACUAUAUCUGUUCUUAUGACGAAGGAUGUGAGGAACAUAAAGUGCUUUGAGGUUCUGUUUGAGAUUUUUGAGGCAUUCCGAGGGAUGCCUGAGAGCAGUGCGUUUUUCCAGAAGUACAUCUUUGACAAUUUUCUUCGAAUUGUUGAGCACCUGAUGCGACUUUAUGACAGCCAAAAGAAGGAGAUUUUUGUAAGGUUGAUAUUUGCACUACCUGUAAGUGUGAACCUUGUAGAAGCGGAUAUUCAUGUUCUUGUGAGGCCGAUCGAGAAAGGCAUGUGCCUUGAUAUGGGCACAAGGAUAAGAGCGUUAUCUAUUCUUAUGUAUGUGCUUGACUUUUCAAAACAUGAUAAGAUUGCAGGACUUGAAGAUGUAUGGAAGAAAAUCAUUAAGGGUGUUUAUGAGGGCCUGAGAGAUUCAAGAACAUCGCUGUUAUGUUCGAAGAUUUUGGGUAAACUGAAAAGCUAUCAUAAGAUGCUUGUAGAUCAUGGGGAAUGGAAUGUAAAGAACAUGAACUCUAAAGUGAUGCAAAUGAUGGUUGGUGGAGAUAUAUCAGUGUGCAGUGUUUUUUUUGAAGCUGUUGAGAAGCUCAGGGGAGGAUAUGAGUGCAGAGAGAUGGAAUUUAGAUCUGAGGGAACGAUCGUAAGAUUCAGAAAGGUGUGUGGAAAGGAUAUUGGAGACGAGGAGAGAAGGAUUGCAUUUAAAUUUGUUACAAAAAUGUUAUGUGGAAUGAUUGGAAUAGAAACAGUGAAAAGGAAGAAAGUGGCAUGCGACUUGAGAGAGAUUGUUAACGAGAUAAAUAAUUCUGAGGUUGUAGUGCUUGAUGUAUUAGAAUAUGUAUAUAUGGGGAAAGUGGAGAAGGAUGUGAGAUUGGCAGACAUAUGGAUUGAUAUGCAGUGCAUAUAUGAUGGAAUUCUUGGACUGUUUAGUUGUUAUGAGACAUGCUAUGAGGAGGAUGCACAGGAGCUCUUGCACAGUAUUUAUGGGUUAGGUUUUAUUAAUAAGAUGAUAGUAUUUUAUAAAGGCAGAGAUGAGAGGAUGGAUAUGUUACCUGAAUGUGAGGUGCUACUUGAUGCACUUGCUGAGUCUUUUAGGGAUAUUGAUAGUAAGAUGCCAUUCAGAAUGUUUUUGACGAUGAUACAACAAGGAUAUGAAGCAAUAGGAAAGAAGAGUGAAGGAUUUUGGAGUGAAUUUUACGGAAGCAUGUUUUUGAAGUUUGAAGGGUUGUGUAAAUUAUCUGAUGAGAGGAGUAAGGAGGCAGGCAUGAAUGGAAUGUUGUGUUUAGCAGCAGUGAUGCCGCCAAGAGAGAUGGUGAGACUAAGGAUGUGUGUGAAGAUGUUUUCGAAUGUGUAUGGAUACUUUAUACCACCUGUUGGAGAAGACUACGAACUGCCGUUGAAGCUUGUGAUUUUUAUACUGAGAUAUAAGUAUGGAAUGAUGAGACGAUGUGCAAGACUGGAAGGAAUAAGUGAUGAUUUAGAGAGUGAGCUUGGUGUAUUUGUUGAAGGAUUGUAUGAUACUAACAAAAGAGUGGUUGAAUUUUCUAAGCGGGUUCUUUUGGAGGCGAUGAAGAAUGAAGCAUCGGGAAUACUCAGCAGACACAAAGGAAUUAUAUUUAAAUUUCUGAAAAAUGAGUAUGUGAUUUUGAACCGGACGAUGAUGAUAAGGCAUCUCGAGGUAUUUGUGUUUUGUGUGACGAAUGGAGGAGAUAUGUUUGAUGAGUCUGAAAUGAGAUACUUGAUUGGUAAGUUUAUUGAUAAUGCAAUGCAUAAUGAAGAGCUUAAGGAGAUUGAAGGAGCACAUAAUGGAUAUGAGGAUGUUGGAAAAGAGAUGUUUAAAGGAUGUGAGUGUGAGAGGAGUAGAGGAGACGAUGAAGUUGUUGAUAUUGGUGGAAUAUUUAAGAAUUUGAGUGAGUUGAGUGCUAGAGAUUGUAUAGAGAUGUGUAUGGAAGGACUACCUGAAGUGAAGUGUAGCAGAUGUAUGAAAGAGAUAUAUUUAAAUGGAGAAGCACGGCAACAUCAGUUUGCAAACGAAGGCAACGAGCUGAUGUAUUGGAUGAAGGAGUUUUACAUGAUAGUUAUCAAGUAUUCGAAGAAUGUAGAAGAGAUAAGAAAUGGGAUGGAUCAUGUAAUGAGGCAUGCGAGUGAAGAUAUAACAGAUUGCAUAAGAAGGAUGUAUAUACAGAGGCCUAUUGAUGUAAGGAAGAUAUUGUUUGAGCAAGUGGAGAUAAUGAUGAAUGAAAGGCAGGAUUACAAGGCAGUUAUCCUGCUUGCUGGAAUGCACAAUGUUUUUGAGAUGCCUGAAGACUCUAGAGUUACAAUGAUGGUUAUGAAAGCGCUGAAUGAGAUGCGAACAGCAAAGGAGUUUUUGGCGAUGAUGCAUGACGAAAGGAAUUCUAUGUUUUUUAAGGCGCUUGAGCUUGGACUUUUGCUGAAGGGGCAAGAGCAGGUGUAUAGCGAGAUUUUGGAGACAUAUGUGGCUUUGGAUGGAUAUGGGAAGGAUUAUGCAAAGAAAGCUUAUGCAAAGAUUUUGAGCAGCAUAGGAAAGAUUGGGACGCAGUUUAUUGGAUGUAUGAUUCGAAGGAUACAUGAGUCUGCAGUGUAUGAGUUAUGUGUGAAUCUGUGUAAUGAAUCUGAUGAUUUCAGUGGGAUGAUGUCUGAGAUGAAAAAUAUGAUUGCAGAGAGGAUUUCUCAGGCAUAUUUCCGGAUGGAGGGAGUGCGUUUGUUUGAUGGGAAGGUGUUUUUGAAUGCAUACAAGCUGCUUUGCUUGAUAGGGUAUGAGAUGAGGACGAUUGAUGUGCAAGUGAUUCUUGGGAUGUAUUCUGAGAUGAGAAGCCGAGCGAAAGGGGGAUAUGAAAUAAGGAGACUGAUAGGAAGAUGUAUUAGUUUUUUCAGUGUGGAAGAUUUUGAGAUGCUAUUUAAGGAUGAUCCUUGGUUUGUGAUGAUUGAAGGGAUUGAUCCUGAGUGUUUUAGCAGCAAGCUGAGUCUUCAAACGCUUAAGUGUAUGUUGAGAAGUGUUGACAAGAAAGACAAGGAGAAGAUCCAGCGACUUGUUGAAUGCUUUGGAGAUAACAAGCACAUGCUGAUAGAGCUUUUUGUUGGGAUGGGGAUAAAGAGUGAGGAGCUUUUGAGGUAUGCUCGAGAGAAUAUACAGAAUGUGAAUUUAAGAGGGGUGCUUCUGUAUUAUCUUUGUACUUUUGAGACAGGCAGCAUGUAUUUUGAGAUGUCGUUUAAGAUGCCUUAUCAAGACCGAAGAUAUACGAUAUAUUGCUUAGAAAGGCUUGUUGAUACAACGGAUGUGUCAGUAUUUGAAGAGAUAAUGCUAGUUGUGCUGAGGUCUGAGGUACGAUCGAAGACAAGUGGAUGGAUAUUAUUUCCGUUGAUGAUGUCUAGGCCUAAGUUGAUUAGCAAAAGAAUAGGAAUAGAGCUUAUUGGGAUGAUAUGCAAGCUGAUUAAGUCGAAUGUGCGAUCGCAGGUAAGGAUUGGAUUUAGGUUGUUUAGGGUGUUGUAUGAUAGAUACUGUAAGUGGAAUGAAACGAUGGAAGAAGGAUACUGCGAAGAAGGAAUGAUGAAUGUGUAUACUAUGAUGUUUGCAGCAUAUGUGAGUUCUGAGAAGGAGAGUGUUGAUGAAAUGAUUGUAGGAUGUAAACUGAAGCUGAACCUAGAGCUUUUGAACCUGGUACCUGAGAAGGUGAAUACAGAAAGGAUGUUGAAAGCAGUUGAAGAGGAGAUGCAGGGAGAUAAGUGUGAAGAGUAUAAGAUGGAAGUGAUUAAAGCCAUGCUGGAGGUUGUGCCAUUGAGUGUUUGGAUGAUUGGAGAGGUUAUGAUAGGAACUAUGCAACGAAUAGUGAAAGGAAAGAUGAUAGAUUAUAAAGAGAUUUGUGUGCAUAUUGAGAAUGAUGAAAUCAAGUAUACGGGAAUGAGCUUGUAUAACUUGAUGAGUAUCUUGUGUGACAUUAUGGAUGCAGAGAUGAGCGAGGAUGUGGAAGGAGACCUAAUGAGUUGCUUGCUGAUUCUUAAAUUCUUGAUUGCAGAAUAUAACAAAAACAAAAGUGCAAAGUAUUUUGAAUGGAUAGAGAAUGGUAUUGAAAGGAUAACAUAUGAACUUAGUGAAACUGAAGGGAUGGAGAGUGUGAUUUGUGAGAUGUGUUCGAUGUUUAUGGAAGCGCUUAGAAAUGAGAUAUUGGGUGUUGAGAUGGUAAGCAACAAAGUGUGUAUUAUGAUGCCUGAUUUGAGAAUAUCACUUUCAAGGAAGAUGGAGAUACUUGAUCAACUUUCUGCAAAGGGAUGUGAUGAGGAUGUUUUGGGGAUGUUAACGUUGUCUGCUGUGAAUAAGUACAAAUACAGUGGAGUUUGUAUAGGCAAUGAAGCACAUGAAUUUUUUAUGAAGGGACUGUGUUCUAGAAGUAAGGAGUUAAGAAGAGGAUGUAUUGAUUUGCUAGAUGUGAUAGUGCCUCGUAAUGAGAGUUUAAGAGUCAGAUGGUUGUUGAAUGUGGACUGGAAGGAAUGCAGAAUGGUUGAAUAUGUAUUUCUGGUGAUGAUGAUGUACUCACAUGAUGAUGUUAGAAUUACGGUAAAGAAGAGUAGAGGUUAUGGGAUAGGAGAUAGAAGUGUAUGGAAGAAAGAAUGUGUGGAAGAAGAACCAAAUAUGUGCAUUGAAAGUAUAGAGAAUGUACUACAGAAUGCAAUUGAAGGAAUUGAUGUUUAUAGUGAUGGGAUGAGUGUUAAUGAGAUUGUAGAUCUCUUUUACAUCAUGCAGGACUCUGUAAGAGAGGUCUUGCCUGAAAUUCUGAAGAGAGCGAUAUACAGGAUUGAAAGAGCAGAUUAUGGAGAAGUGUUUGAGGAGUUUUCAGGGUUUGUUGAGCAAAUGGCAAGCAUGCCUGAAGUGAUUCAAAGUUUUAUGCAAGGAUUUGAGUGUAUACUGAGAUAUGCAAAGGAUGAGUGUAAGGAUGGAUUUGAUAGGAUGAUUGAGAAGUUUUCAGGUGGAGAUGGAUGGUAUGGGAUGUUGGAGUAUGCAGACGAGAAGCAAAGAAUGAAGAUAUAUGAAAGGCUUUUGGAUGAAGACGGGAUGUUUGGAAUAUGGCGCAGUAUGUGUAUUUUUCCUGAAACGAUGCAAGCAAGCUUUUUACAACAGAUCGGAAAGGUUAGAGAUGCACAGAUGAAGUAUGAGGAAGUACAGAAGAAGGCGAAUGAUCGCAAGAUAUCGUUUGAGAAGGAGGAGUAUGGUGAGUGGCAGAAGAGAUGGGUUGAAUGUGCAAAGGAAUUGCAGCAGUGGGAUGUUUGUUAUGAAUAUGGAGUGCAUAUCAAGAAUUAUGAGCUUGAAAAAGAGUGCUUAUGGCACAUGUGUGACUUUAGAAAUCAGGGAGCAUUAGGAAAGUUUAGUGAACUUGAAUGUGUAGGGCCUAGGUUUGAGCAGAGAUUUUAUGAAGCUUUUGGAGAGUUUUUUGUUAAUUCGUCUCUUGAGAAGAUCCGAGGAUGUAUUUCUGAUGGAAUUAAGGAGCUUCGAAGAUACCCAACAUGCUCUGGGAUUGGAUUUAAACUGCAGAUGUACUUGCAAAUUAUGAUUGAGAUGAUUGAAUUUGAGCCGAUGUUAAUCAGCAAAGCGGAUGGAGAAACACUGGCCUCUGUUCUAUUCAGAUGGAAGGACAAGGAACCAUGUGCUCUUGAUGGGAUUGGAAUAUGGGGGAUGUUUAAAACAUGGAGAGUGCAUGCAUACUCUAAGCUUGGGAUUGUUGAUAGAAUUCAGAUGGACAACAAUACUGGCACAAGAGGAUAUGGAGAUUUGCAAAUGAAUGGAAGAGUCCAUGUAGGAAUGGCACAUACAGGUGCGAAGAGUAGUGGAAAUGAAAAUGGAAUGAAAAUAAGAAGAGAGAUUGCGAUUAGAGCAGGGAAUGAGAUGGCAAAAGUGCUGAAUGCAUUUUCGAAAGCAGCGAUUGCGCAUGAAUACAAUGAUGUGGCGCUAUUUCAGUUGAAAGAGGUAUUUGAUUUGAGUAGCAUUAAGGUGUGUGAUGCGUUUGAGAAGGUUAUGCAUGAGCUUAUGUGUUUUCUUAGUAAAUGCGAAUACAAAACAGGAUUUGACCAAUGCAAUCUGACGAACAUCCAGUACUUCAAUGAUAUGCAGUGUUCGACACUGGUUGGGAUGAAGGGAAUGUUCUGUGAGAAGAUGGGUAAAUUUUCUGAGGCAGAGAAAUAUUACCUGCAAUCUGUACAGGUAUGUAAUGCGCUUGGUGAGAGCUGGCUUGCAUGGGGAAAGUUUUUGAUGAGCAGAGCAGAGAAAGAAGAGAGAGUGGAGUAUGAAGAGAGUUUUUUGGCGAUUCUGCAGGGUGUUAUAUACAGUGAUGGAAAGAAUGCGUGCAAGGGGAUAUUGAAGCUGCUGAGGAUAUUAAAGAAGGACGGAAGUGUAUGUGAAGAAGGCUUGCUUGAAAAGAUACUGUAUGAGGCAGAUAUGUCUAGGUUUGUGUAUUUUGUGCCUCAGUUUAUUGAGCUUCUGGACAAGAAGGAUGUAAGUGUUGCUGAGAUGGUGCUUGUUAAGAUAGCGCAAGAGUAUUCACAAGCAGUGGUACGACCUUUGAAGCUGUGUAGAGAGCGGUUGAGGAUGCGUAUGUAUCCUAGGAAGUCUGAGAAUGAGUUUAUGAUGCACAUGAACAAGCUGAAAAUGAAGCCUGCGAGUGGGAAUGAAAGAUACGAUGCUGCAGAGAAGAAGCAUUAUAAUGUUUUUCUAGAGAAUGUUAUGCGAGUGUACAAUCAGGUGAAGAAUAGAAGGUAUGGGAGAGAGCUUUGGAAGAUGCAGUGCUAUAUCUAUGAGUCGUUCAACUCGUGCAGGUUUAAGGAGGAAGAUUUGGUUUAUGAGGAUAUAGAGAAGAUUCUGAAGAAUGCAGUGCAGCAUGUGAUUGGCCGAAAGGCAUUAAGUGCGAUUGAUCAAGUGGGAGUUCUUAAUGAGAUGAUAUCGCAUGUAUCGCUUUGUGGAGUUGGUAAGGAACUGAAGGAUGAGGUGAUAUCAUGUGUGUUUAGGAUGAAGAGCCUGUGCCCUCUUGAGGAGAUAUCCGAUUUGGUUAAGUUUAGAAGCAAGCUGAAGAGGGCUGUUGAGGAAUCGUUUUGUAAGAAUGAUAGGUUUGGCGAAGCAGGGAUUAAUAUGAUGCUUCAUAGAUCUGUACAUGAGCAUCGGAUGUUUGAGCAGUACUGCGAGAUAAGGAGCAACUACAAGCGCAUGGUGAAUAUUGAGAUGUUUGAGCCAAGGUGGAGCUAUUUGCAUAGGAAAAGGAUUGGUAGAAACCGGAUUCAUGUUAGAGGAAGUGAUGGAAGGAUAUACAGAUAUGAGAUACGAAAGAUGAAGGGACGAAAUGGAGGAGAGCUGGUUGUGCCACAGAUGUCGUUGAUGGUUAAUGAGAUCAUGGGUGAACAUGUGAGGUUGAGGAGAAAAGAAGCGGAGUUGAAGCUGUUUGUGCCUGUGAUAAUGUGUGAAGACCUUGUUGUUGAGUGUUUCAAGGAGCCUGUGCAUGAAAUGAGUGAUGUUUAUGAAAGGAUGUUGAAUAAGUAUGGAAUGAGUGUGGAUGAGUGUGUACUGCUGUAUUUGAAUCAUUUUGCAUCGUUGUAUGAAAUAGAUGAAGAGGAGAUGGAUGUGAUUGGAAGGAAAUAUGAUCUUAAAAGCAGGAUGUUGAAGAGAGCGACCAGAGAUAUUACGAGCAAGGGUAAAGGCACGACAUGUGAAUGUCCAAAUGUCAAGAAAGAUAGAUGUAUACAGCAUGAAGAAGUAGAUGCAAGCAUAGAGAAUGAUGUAAAGGCAGUGAUAUGUGCGCAAAGAGAAAGAUAUGCGCUGAAUAUUGCACUUAAGAAAACUUCAUGCUUAGGAUGUGGAGAAGAAGGUAUAGAGAUUGAGCCGUGCACUUAUAGAUAUGAUGUGACGAAGCACCAGAAGCAAGAGGCAUAUGAGAAGAUGUACAAUACGUUUAGAGAUGACAGCAGCAUUGAAGAGUAUUUCAAGAAUGAGUGUAAGAGCUAUGGAAGGUAUUUUUGGAUGAAAGACAGGAUGCUUGUGAGCUAUUCUAUGAAUACGGCAUUUCUGUAUCUGCUCUCAAUUAUAGACAGGGAUGUAAAAAAGCUUGUGGUUACUAAAGAAUCUGGAUGUUUUAUGAAUAGGAUGGUGUGCAAUGAGAUACAUGAUGUGUUGAGUAAAAGGAGGAUGGAAGAUGGAGUAAUAAGCCCUGGAUAUCAGAAGUUUUUUAGGAAAGAAGGGAUAGAAGGAACGUUUUUGUCUGUUAUAUAUCAUUUUGCAGAAGUGCUGAAUGAAGGAGAUUGGUACGAGGAUGCAUUGAAGGUUUUUGGAAGUAGAAUGAUUGAGGAUUGCGCAGAAGAGAUGGUAGAAAAGAUUUGUAGAGAAGGAAUGGAGAAGGUGAGACAUGUUGUUGGCAAAAGCGAAGAUGGAACCUACAAUGUUAUACCGAUGGUUAGCAAAUGGAUGGAUAUUUUGAAUGUUGGACAAGUGGAUCCAAGAUGGAUUGCGUGGCUUUAA